ACUUCAGUCCAUCGGCAUCCGCUUGACAUUGACAAUCCGAUUCAAUCCACAGCCAAGAACACACACUCACAGCAGCAGCAAGCAAUCCGUGAAGCGAAGAGAUGGCGCAUUUCCAGGGCCAGCAGCACGGCCACCCGGCCACCCGCGUCGACGAGUACGGCAACCCCGUGACGGCCGGCGGCCACGGCGGCGGCGUCACCGGGACCGAUGGCUUGGGCCACUUCCAGGGCCAGCAGCACGGCCGCACGACGACUCGCCUCGACGAGUACGGCAACCCGGUGACGGCCGGCCACGGCGUUGGGCUGGGAUCCACCGGCGCGGGAGCGCACGGCCCUGGGCACGCUGGGUACGGGUCUACCGGCACCAACGACACUGGCGGCCAUGGCCGCCAGGUGGGUUACGGUGCCACUGGCACGGGCACCCACGACGCUGGGGGCUAUGGAGGCUCUGGGAUUGCCCCUCGGCACGGCGGCGCCGGCACUGGGGUUCACGACGCCGGUGGUUUGGGGCACACAACCGGGCAUGGCGCCACCGGUACCCACGGAACUGGGCACACGGCUGGGUACGGCUCCACCGGCACCGGAAUGACCGGGACACAUGGUACAGGGCACACGGCCGGGUAUGACGCCACCGGCACCGGGAUCACCGGGACCCAUGGCACCGGCCACACGGCCGGGUACGGCUCCACCGGCACAGGGAUCACCGGGACACAUGGUACAGGGCACACGGCCGGGUAUGACGCCACCGGCACAGGGAUCGCCGGGACACAUGGCACCGGCCGCACGGCCGGGUACGGCGGCACCGGCACCGGGAUCACCGGGACCCAUGGCACAGGCCACACUACCGGGUACGGCGGUGGUGCCACCGGCACCGGAAUCACCGGGACCCAUGGCACCGGCCACACGCAUGGGUUGGGCGGCACCGGCACCGGGAUCACCGGGACCCAUGGCACCGGCCACACGACCGGGUUGGGCGGCACCGGCACCGGGAUCACCGGGACCCAUGGCACAGGCCACACGGCUGGGUUGGGCGGCACCGGCACCGGGAUCACAGGUACCCACGACGUCGUCGGCACACACCCUCAUGGUGGGCUAGGCGAGCACAAGACCGGUGGCAUCCUCCACCGCUCUGGCAGCUCCAGCUCCAGCUCGUCAUCCUCCGAGGACGACGGGAUGGGCGGCAGGAGGAAGAAAGGCAUGAAGCAGAAGAUCAAGGAGAAGCUCCCCGGCGGUAACAAGGAGCAGACCACGGCCACCGGCGGCUACGGGCCAGGGUACACGGGGACCACCGGCACCGGCGGGGCCCACGGAGCCACCGAGGGGACGCACGAGAAGAAGGGCGUCAUGGAGAAGAUCAAGGAGAAGCUCCCUGGCGGGCACAAGGACAACCCGCCGCACACCACGGCGACGACCGGCGGCUACGGAGCUGGCACCACUGGCACCGGCGGCUACGGAGCUGGCACCACCGGUACCGGGGGGACGUACGGCGCUACUGAGGGCACCCACGAGAAGAAGGGCAUGAUGGAGAAGAUCAAGGAGAAGCUCCCCGGCGGCCACCACUGAACUGAGCCUGACUUGCCUCGGCGGCCUCGGGUAGAGUAGUGAAGAAUAAAGACUCGAGGAACCGCCGUGUGUGCAAUCAAAGGCAUAGUAUUAAGUUUUUUAUAGUAUCUUUCUUUUACCGUGUGAUAGAUGUUGCAGUACUGUGACAUGGCCUGGUUCUAUGUAGUUUGUCUGGUCGGUUUGCACUUUUUUGGCCUGUUUGGAUACACUAGCCUCGUUGCACUUUUUUGGCCUGUUUGGAUACACUAGCCUCGCUGGACUAACUCUGAACCAGCUCCGACCUUUGGUGGUGUUUGGAUGAUAGAGUUAGCUCCAAC